AUUCUAUAUCAUAAUAAUAGAUUCAAAUAAACGAAGCAAUGAGAGUUUUCUUUUAUUCAUUCACAAUAGGGGAGUUUUUAACUGUUAUUAAAGGGUUGCCUAAAUUUUCUAUUUGUCAGAGCGUUUAUUAAAAGGAAAUAUUGACAAAAGCAACUCGAUAGUGUCUUCGCUUUGCUAAAAGAAGCAAAUUUAUCAAAAAACUAGUAAAUAAUAUUUAAUUUUACCGAUAUGGAUUGGGCCGAAGAAUUAAAAAUGUCAAUUAGAAAAACAACUGCUCGAAAGGGUCGACGUUCCAGAAGUCGUGAUCUGCUUAAAGAUACCACAUCCUCGGCUCAGACCUCACAAAGCUUAACAUCGAAUUCUACUAAUAAUGUCAGUCAAGCGACUUCAUCUAAUAACAAUGACAUAUGCAUCGAUAUUACUUUACCAGUAACUUCGUCUACUGCUACUAGCAGUAACAACGCAGAUGCAGUCGGCGGCUUAACCGAAGCAAAUAUUUUGCAUUUAAGUACAACUUCGACAACCCCAGAUCCAAAAAAACCGCCUGUUUUGAGACGUAUUUCUGGGGGAUGGGCUGACACGAGCCUAGGAAAAUUAUCAAAAUCUAAGAAAGGCUCAAUAGAUGAUGAUCGUUUUGUUUUAAAACCUUCUACAAAUACAUCGCCAACUUAUGAUAUACCAAUUAUACCAGACUUGGAUGAUUUUAAAGAUGACAUAUUACUCAAUGAAAUCCCCGAGCCACCUUCAGUUUCAGUUGACCGGGUCGUUACUUUUAAAGAAUUAAACUCUGAUAUAUUAAUGCAAAAAUCGUAUGGCAAUGUGGGAGAUGCAGAUUUAUCAAUCCUAACAAAAUGUUUACAAGCACCAGAGAAUUUAGAUGAGCCUGACGAGGUUUGGGAGUGGGAGAAAUUGUUCACCGAAGUGGUGGCCGAAAUUAAUGCUGAUAAGCCUAUGCCAUCAAAACCCGAGAAAAAGAAUUUAAUACUAAAACCAGAUGAAUUGCCGCCACCUUCAGUGAUGUUAACCUAGGAAAUGACAUAUGACUUUCAAUUCCGUUUUACUAUAUUAAUUUAUUACUGAAUACAAUGAUUUUAAAUUUCUUUUUAA